CUACUGGAGAAAGCGCAGCCUGUUCCAAAGGACUCGUUAUUUCAUGACGACCUAUUCAACUCAACCUUCCGUAAGGUACGGAACAGAAAUGAAAUCCGGGUUAUCCGAGGCACUUCUCAGCUGAUUGUGCCCCCUACAGAAAUCUUUACGACAUAUGGUGCUAGUGCCCUUGAUUGCUUCAUUAAUCAUGGAAGGGUGGAACAACUCCAUUCCAUUAACGAAAAUAAGCACGCAACCUGAUUACUCUGUCGAGUUCCACCGAGAAGCAUUCACCGAGACCCAACUUCAGAAAAUAUAGCAGUUUGUGGGCGACCUCACCGACAACUCCUUCAUAGGGACAUGGCACAUGUACUUUCCCAUCUUU